AUGGAGAUCACCGCGGCCACGCUGCUUCUGCUGCUCCUCGGCCUUUCCUGCCUGGUCGUCUACCUCCGCGGGAAGGGCCAGCGGAAGAGGGGGUGUUUGCCCCCGGGCCCCCGCCCGCUGCCCCUGCUGGGGAACCUGCUGCAGCUCGAUACCAAGGACAUGGCAAAAUCUCUUCUCACGCUAAGCAAGCGCUAUGGGCCCGUCUACACCCUCCACCUGGGCCCCCAGCGGGUGGUGGUGCUGUGCGGCUACCAGGCGGUGAAGGAGGCCCUGGUGGACCAGGCCGAGGCAUUCAGCGGGCGCGGGGAUCUGCCUGUGGUCUUACGCUUCACCCAAGGAAACGGCAUCGCCCUGAGCAACGGGGAGAAGUGGAAAGUCCUGCGGAGAUUCGCCCUGCAGACGCUGCGGAACUUCGGCAUGGGCAAGCGGAGCCUGGAGGAGCGGAUCCAGCAGGAGGCGCAGUGCCUGGGGCAGGAACUCGCCCACACGCAAUCCGCGCCCUUCGACCCCACCUUCCUCAUCAGCCGGGCCGUCGCCAACGUCAUCUGCUCCAUCGUCUUCGGGGACCGCUUCGACUACCAGGACGGGAGCUUCCUCACCUUGGUCGGCCUCAUCAACCAAAACUUCCAGCUGCUCAGCUCCCCGUGGGGGCAGAUGUACAACAUCUUCCCUGGCCCCAUGUCCUGCCUGCCGGGGCCUCACAACAGGAUCUUCGAGAACUUCGAGCAGCUGCGGCAAUUUGUGCUGGAGCGGGUGAAGAUGCACCAGGAAUCCUUUGACCCCAACUGCCCCCGUGACUUCAUCGACUGCUUCCUCCUCAAGAUGGAGCAGGAAAACCAGGACCCGCUGAGCUACUUCCACACGGAGACCCUGGUGAUGACCACACACAACCUGUUCUUCGCGGGAACGGAGACCGUCAGCACCACCCUGCGCUAUGGCUUCCUCCUCCUCAUGAAGUACCCGGAGAUCCAGGCCAAAGUCCACGCUGAGAUCGACCAGGUGAUCGGGCGGCACCGCAGCCCGUCGGUAGAGGACCGGAGCCGCAUGCCCUACAUCGACGCCGUGAUCCACGAGGUGCAGCGCUUCGGCGACGUGAUCCCCAUGGGGCUCCCGCACGCGGUGACCCGGGACACCCACUUCAGGGGUUUCCUGCUUCCAGAGGGCACCAAUGUGCUCCCGCUGCUGUUCUCUGUCCACAACGACCCCGCCCAGUUCAAAGACCCGGCCACAUUCGACCCAGCCCAUUUCCUGGACCCGAGCGGAGGCUUCCGGAAGCAUGACGCCUUCAUGGCCUUCUCCGCAGGGAAGCGGGUGUGCCUGGGCGAGGGCUUGGCCCGCAUGGAGCUCUUCCUCUUGUUCACCACCGUCCUGCAGCGCUUCUCCCUCACGCCCCUCGUCCGCCCGGAGGACAUCGACAUCUCGCCCCUGAUGAGCGGCCUGGGGAACAUGCCGCGCCCCUACGAGUUCCGGGCCGUCCCUCGCUGA